UUGCAGUGGAAUCCAAGCACAAACUCACUGACUUUAAUGGAUUAUGGCGUUCCAUGAAUCCAUUUACAGGACUUCAGUCCACACAAAACGCACUGGGGCUUCAUGACAAGAUUUCAGUAUUGGAACACUGAAGGGUCAGGGACUGGAUACAGCCGGCUCCAAGACAGACCUACCACAGGAUGCAGACAAGCCCAUCAGCCAAGCUGGUGGCACCUCUGCGAAAACAGACUUAAGAAAGAGCAGAACACUGGCAGUGAGAAGUGAGGGAAAGUGUGAGGAACAGCCCUAUGAACACUUAAGGUCAAAGAGGAGGAGGAAGAGGAGGAGGUGCUCCAGGCACUGGAGCAAAGAUUCCUAUGCAGCUUGUGAAGGGGAGCAUGGUGGAACAGAUAUUUCCAUUCAGCCUGUGGUGAGGGCCACUGUGGUGCAGGUAUUUUGCUGCAGCCCAUCCACCCCAUGCCAAAAAGAUGGAUAUUUCCUGAAGGAACUGUGAUCCAUGGACAGAAGCCCAUGCAGGAGCAAAUUCUGACAGAAAACAUGACCUAUGGAGGACUCCCACUGGAGCAGUUCAUGAAGGACUGCAGUCUAUGAGGAAGACUCAUGCUGGAGCAGGAGAAAAGUGUGAGGAGGAAGGAGCAGCAGAGAGGAGCAGUUAUGACCUCAUCACAACCUACCAUGCCCUGUCUGCCAUUUGCUGCUCAAGGAUCUAUUUUAACUGGCAAUAAAUUAAAUCAGUUUUCCCCAAGCUGAGUCUGUUUUGCCCAUGACAGUAACUGAUCUUCCUGAGAGAUAACCAAUUGGAUACCAGACAAACAAACAAAAGGAGUAAUCAGACUCCACUAACCUUUUUCACCUUGAUUAGGAUGAAGGAUGAAAAUCAGCAGCCCUUUUCUGUGGAACAGGGUUUCUGGAGGAACUUGCUUCUUUCUUUUUGGAUUAUAUUGGCAUAAAGACGUCAAGGUAUUGAAUGGAAAAUGUUGUGAGUUUAUACACACCAGUCAGUGUUCCAUCACUUUUUGAAGCAGCGUUGGUAAUGCACUGCUGACAUGGCUGAACAAAGGCAACGUGCUUUGUCAACAUCAGGGGAAGCACUAUAUGAAAUCCUGGCCCUAGAGAAGGGAGCAACACAUGAUGAGAUUAAGAAGUCCUACAGAAAACUGGCUCUGAAAUACCAUCCAGACAAGAACCCGGACAAUCCAGAGGCUGCAGAAAAAUUUAAAGAGAUCAACAGUGCUCACGCAACAUUGACUGAUCUGUCCAAGCGAAACAUAUAUGACAAGUAUGGAUCCUUAGGGCUCUAUGUGGCAGAACAGUUUGGUGAGGAAAAUGUUAACACCUACUUCAUACUCUCAAGCUGGUGGGCAAAGGGCCUGUUUGCAGUCUGUGGCCUGCUGACGGGCUGCUACCUCUGCUGCUGCCUCUGCUGCUGCUUCAACUGCUGCUGUGGGAAGUGUAAACCCAAAGCACCCGAAGGGGAAGAGCAGGAGUUUUGUGUGUCUCCAGAAGAUUUGGAAGAGCAAAUUAAGAACGACAUGGAAAGAGAUGGAGAAACUCCUAUCAUGCUUCAGCCGACUAAUGCGACCGAGAAGACACAGCUAAUAGGGGACAGCCGUCGGAGCUAUCACACAGACUCCUAGAGCCAGCAAACACAACCUGUUGGUGAUUCCCACUGAGAACAAACACACUGAUAAGCUCUGCAGCCUGUGUUUGUAGUUGUCUUUAAGCUAAUCAAGAGUAACCUGAGAGAAUUUCCUAUCAAGGCAGAAUCUCCCUCUAGGCCACUUCCCAUUGGUUGAUAUCUGCACUCUGCAAGGAGAUACCUAGGGCCGCUACAGAGCUCUACCCACCAGCAUACUCAUGGCUUCAAACUGCUAUGCUCAGCAUGGUCUUUCCCUCUAACAAUACUUCCUUUUGUAUAGUUGCUCUCCUCCAGGCCCUUAGCUGUGGGUUCACCUCCCAGACACAAUCCCAAGUCCCUUUCAGGACACACCAGCUCCAUCUCUGCCUGCCCUGGGAAUACUCCUCGCAUGCUGAAGUUUUGCUGGAUGUGAAGCAUUCCCAUGAAGAGAAUCCUGAAAAUGCUCUUUAGCAUAGCUCAGAGGCAAAGUUGAUGACAAGGCAGAUGGGGCUGUCCUUCCAGGAGACUAAGUACUCUUUGGAAAGCAGUGAACAGCUUGCCUGGGCCCAGCGUUGGCAGUUAUAAACUUGAGCCAGGACAAACUGCUUGGAGAUUGUUCUGAAGAUGGUUACAACAUGGGUCACUCCAAAUCCUGUAGCCUCAUCCAGCACCAGAAGCACACAAGGGCUUUGUACCUUCACCUGCAAACACAGGAGAGGGUGGGCAAGCACCCUGUGGAGGGGAAGGCUGCCCUUGGCUGCCCCAGUGCCUCUCUCCUGUCCCCAUAGCUGGUGACAGCCCCAAGGCAAAGCUUCCCUGAUCCUGCCCAGUCAGGCCUGCUGCCCAUGUCAUGCGGCCCUGGCUUCUCCAGCUGCAGCUGCAGUGUGCUGGAAAUUGAUCCCCAGCCAGCAGCUUUCAGCUGGAGUUCUUAUUGUACCAUGCCCCUGGCUGCUGGCCCCACUGCCCUGCUGGAACUGGGCUGGGAGCCACUGCACCAGCGCUGGCAACCACAGCUGUGGAACCAGCAAGGACUCGGCAAGGCAGGCAAGCAGCAGAGGAGCAACUAUCCUCACAGCCCAGGUCCUCCCCUCUGCCCCAGGCACAGGGGGUUUAAGAGCACAUGGCAUGAUUUAAAAUAAAGAGGUAGGGAUGAGUUGUAUUGCUGGUGGGUACAGCAUGAAGAAAGUAAGCCCCUAAUUUGUAAGAAAGAGAUGAAGAAACACCUCUUAGAUCCUAAACUUAGCCCUUCUGUGGUUGGGCAUAAUAGUUCAAGCCUUAGACAGCUGCAUUUCUUCUUAAUCAUUAUGUUACACCAAUCACUGUCAGUCCUGUAUGUUUGCUAUUUCUGCUCUUCUAAUCAAAGUGCUGUGGUCCAAAGGGGGGUAUAAUGUUACACUAUACUAUAUAGACC